CUCGUCCGGAAACGGAGACAUUCAGUGCAUGUCACGUUAGUCUUUGUGCGGCUUUUAUUUUGAAAAGCCCAGUGUAUUGUAAAGGGGAGGUCCAUCAGUCUGCCUCACAGAGCUGCUCCUAUGAAGCUGCAGAGCGGCGGUAUCUGCUGGGCUCCUGUCCUCACAAAGGUCUUUUUCAUUCAGUCCUGAGGGGUGUGAGGAGAUGAUGUGUCGGCCGGGGUGCCACCAUCAGGGUGCCGCACAGCCUGGAGACCGUUCACCCCACAGGAUCGGGAUGUUCUGAGCUCCAACUAUGAACGAGCUGCAACAGGAUCCGAGGAAUACAGGCAAGUUUCCAAAAGCUGCGGAGAACUCCUGAGGUCUGUUAGAGUCUGAGAGAAACGUUACUGUGAGUCCUGUCACUGAGGCAGACAGUGUGGAGGAAUGCAGCAGACUGCCUGUAGCCCCCAGCAGCAGUCCAUCCUUAAGGCAUCUGACGGAGGUGCAGCAGGAUCUCUGGACUGACCCGAUCAUGAAGUCCCAGAAGGCCCAAGGUGUCCUACCAACUUCUCCCUGCCCACGCAAGCGCCGCUUCACCCUACGCAGCAAAAAGAAGAAGGACGGGGUGAUCCGAGGCAAGCUUCGCAUCCGCUCCAUUCCCGGAGCCUUCCUGGUGCUGGGGGUCAUUGUGGUGGUUGUUGGCACGGCGCUGGCUGUGGCGGGGUACUGGCCCUACCGGAUAUCCAGGGCGCCGCUCCUGGGAGCCGCAGAGGGGGACGGUAUCUCUGAGUCGCAGAGUUCCGGCUGGAGUAUGGGAGCAAAGAGCCUCCUCUCCACAGCCAGCUUCAUCCACAGUGAACGGAUGAAGCUGCUGGGGCCCGUCAUCAUGGGAGUGGGCCUCUUCAUCCUCAUAUGUGCCAACACUGUCCUGUACGAGAACCGGGACAGGGAGACGCAGAUGUUGCUGGCUCAGAUGCACAGCGUGAUCUGCUCCGUGUCCGCGGUUGUCCCCUCGGCGGACCUCAAAGACAUCGCUGUAGCCAGCUCCAUGUCCAGACACUACGAGUGGCUGAGCAGUUUACCCGCCGCUCACCUCAACAUCCUCUGUGUGCAGCAGCUCACCAGCUCCGAGCCCCUGCUGCGCACAAGACCCCCUGCAGAGCAGGAGGACCAGGCAGAGGGCAUCUACCAGCAGCAGGCCGUGCUCCAGACAGAAGCCCUCCACCACCAGAAGUCAGAGUCUCCGUCUUCCCUCCACUCCUCCCACUCUAACUCCUGUAACUCCAGUCAGACUGAUUUGAACACGCAGUUCGGAGCUGAUGACGGUGCCAGCUUCACUCGCCCGCUCGUCAACAACUUCCUGCAGUCGGCCAGCUCCAUGUCCACCCUGGACGAGAUGGAAAACCACGCCGCGCAGCCGAGGCGCUGCCACAGUAUGAGCUACAGGACUAACCCGUACACAGCUCCACCUGUGCGUCUGGAGAGUGGAGAGGAGGGGGAGAUAAAUCAGCAGGUGGUCUCAGGUAGAGAGGCUUCCUCAGAUGUUUGCGUGAACAUCCCUUGGGCGGUUGUGGAUGCCGCAGAGGAGCAAACUCGCCGGAGCUGGCCUCGGCUGGACCUGGGUGGCGGGAGGCGGUACCUGAAGUUGGAGAACAAGGAGGACUCGGUGGACCGGCUGCUGGGGCAGCUGGAGCAGCAGUGUGUGCAGUGGGAUAAGAGUUUUGGAUCUGGGCCUUUCCAAUGAUCGGCAGCUUUUUAUGGUGAACUCUGGAUACAAACACCCUUGCAACCAUCAUGACAUCUUCCUGUGGAUUCUAUAUUUUGGUUGGGGCAGAGACACUGAGCCCUGGAUCAGAGUACAGUAUUUCUCACAGGAUCUUCCAAAACUAGAGCACUUUCGCAAUCUUCAGUGGAAUAAUGAUAUGCAGAGGUUACAGUCUGUGCUUGGCUUCCAAUCUGAUCCGCCAGAUGUUUUAUAUAAUUGAAGGAACAAUGAACAAAACUCUGCACUGUCACAGAUGAGCAAAAAGGUUUGACACACUGUUUACUUCUGCAAUAUGGGGUUGGCAGCAAUGCCAGAAAUUAACUUGUUUCUCAAAACAGAGCUGUGUUUGACAGUUUCUAGGACACAGUGUGCAGCAGAGAUAGAAGGUUGAUGGGUUUCACUGUGCAAACAACUCUGAACCAAACUACCUGGACCUGAGUCCAUAAAGUGCUGACAGCUUUUGACAAAUGCAACUGGUAUAUUACAAUGGGAUUUGUUUUCCUCAGACGAGGUCCCAUACUCCAAAUGCAAUGCAUGGCAGUGAUGUACAGUAUGUUACAUCUUAAUACUUAUGCAGAUGAAUGUCAUUGUGGGGUUUAUGUGUAUAAGAAGUGAUAAUAAAAGGUUCAUUCAGUUUAUUAUAGCUUGGGUCUUGUUUUCUUAGGCUUGGCCAUUGUUUCUGUGGUAACCUUGGGAACAACCUUCACAUGUAUUGCAAUUAUGUUUAUUAAUUUGCUAUAUUGCUUCAUUAACUACGUUUUAGUUCUGUGGUACUCUUUGUAUACCCCCAUGAUUGAUUCAUCUUAAAUGGUUAAAACGAAAACAUAUGUGAAUAAAGAGAGAUUAAAUAAAAAUGUUGUCUACUGCAAACUGUGAAAGAAUUCUGAAAAUGAGAGUAACGCAGUGCAGAGCUACAGCUUCAACCAAACAACACAUCCAGCACAAGGCAACACUAUUUAAACAUUUAAUGGAGGGUUUAUAACAAACUAUAUUAUUUACGUUAGCAGAUUUAGUGUUUAUUAUGCAUUUAUUGCCCCUGUGGGCCCCGAUAAGCUGAAGCCGCUGAACAAACCUAAUGAAUGGCAAUAUAGCUGUGCACGGUUGUAAAAAGUUUCAUACUUGACAUUACUGACAUUUGUUUGCAUAUUGUGUUAUAAUUCCCAUUUAAUGCGAUGAGGAUCUUUUUAUUAUGCAUUCCCUGUUGCAUUAUAAUGUGCCUGAAAACCCUGAUUUUAAUGUAUUACAAAUAUGGGAAUUAUUAUACACUAUGACCCUUCAGCAAAAAAUGUCAAUGAAUGAACAAAACAAGCUUUAUAAACAUGGACGUCAUAAAAAGUGAUACCAAAAUCAAAACUAGUGAACAAUACUGUACAUCAGUCACCACUUAUUGCUGUGUGCAAAUACAUUAUAGUUAUAAACCAUUACUAUUCUACAUAGAGGGACUGUGACUGUGUUCAGCUAUAAAGUAGUGCAGGCAUGACGUAUAUUUGUACGACAACUCGGCUCCCUCAAAAAAACAAUGGGAUUUUCCCAUUGGAUUUCGGUAUAUUGCAGAAAAUAAGCUCUUUCACAAGCACACGUUUAUGAUACUUGGACAUUUUGUGUAGCAGGAUUAUCUCCACAUAUUAAUAUAAUAGUUGAAACAAAAAUGCUAUCGCUAGAAGUCAAAUACGUAGCUAUAAAUUAACUACAUCAUGAACACAUGACUUCACGUCAACGGCGCUAAGCUAAAGGCGGCUAAUGUUCGGCGUAAUGGCGUUUAGUAGCCUCAUUUAGACGCUAAUUAGCAAUCGCAGAAUUUAUGACAUGUAAAAGCUUUAGACAUUCACCAGUGGGGUAUUUACUGACGCAUUUUAUGUUGUGUAACAAUAUCUCUUCAGCUUUUAUUAGACACAGACCUUAUGUGGGGAAUCUAAUCAAAAACUCAUCAAAAAAACAUUGACUUCAAGAUGAGCUAACCAGAAGUGCUUAAUUGCUGACUCAUUAAGGGGUUAGGACUCAUUACUGUUUUUGUGAUUUUGUUGUUAUUAUUACUAAUAGGAAGGAUGGCCAUAACUAUAAAAAUAUGACCCAAGUUGUACAAAGGUUGGUCCUUAAUGAUGAAGGGAAGCUCUUUGUUGUCUUUAUUGUGGUUGCUGCAGUAUUUUGUUGUAAUGAAAGCAGGGACCCCUCCUCUCCUCCGCUGGUUUCCUGUUGACCAUCUCUUCUUAGAAUGCAACAAUGCAACCCCCCCCCCCCCCCAUACCAACAAAUGGAUACAACUGAUUGUGGAGAAGAGGCAUGCUCCAGUGAGACGAAGUGAUCCGACCACUGUUACAGAUGAGUGUAUGUCAUAGAGGGAAGAGCUUCCACGUCCUCCCCCUUAGAAACACGUGCAGAGAUGUGCAGAGGCGGCCCCUCCAUGUUUGAAACAUCUUUAUCUGGUUAUCUGUUAGGGGUGUAACGGUUCACAGAAUUCACGGUUCGGUAUGCACCUCGGUUUGGGAGUCACGGUUCGGUACG